AUGAAGACCGCCGUCGUUCUCGCCUGCCUGCUGGUGGUCGUCACUGCCAGGCCCCAGUUUGGAUUGGGCACUGGUUUCAGUAAUGCUGGCUCUUUCCAGUCGCAGCAGACCGGCUUUCUGGGCAGCGCAGGACGGCAGACCAGUUUCGCCAGCUCUGGGGGAUUCGGGUCCGGUCUGGGAGGCUCCUUGACCGGCGCCAGCAACUUCGCGGGCCAGGGCCUGGGCUUUGGAGCAGGACGUCAAAUCGGCAGCACCAACGCCUUCAGUAACACGUUCGGACGCUAA